AUGCCUGUCUAUGUGCUCACAGGUGCCAACAGAGGCCUUGGUCUCGAAUUCGUUCGUCAACUCUCGGCAGACAGCUCCAACACAGUGAUUGGAGCAGUACGCUCAAUGUCAAACGACCUGACCGACUUGAAAUCACUCAACAAGAAUAACAAUAUACACAUCCUGGAAUGUGACACUGGAGACGCGUCCAGCAUCACCUCCUUCGUCGAAUCAUGCAGCAAGACUCUUGAAGGCAAGAAAAUCGACUACCUCCUCAACAACAGCGGCAUCAACGCCGUCCCGGAGCAAAACUCACUGUCCAUAACCGAAAGCGAUAUCAAUGACCACAUCAAAAUCAACGUCCUUGGACCUGCAAAGACAACCGAAAGCUUCUACAACGCCGACCUGCUGUCGUCAGAUGUGAGAAUCUUAAACAUGACAUCAGGACUCGGCAGUAUGAAAGUCAGCUUGGGCAUCAAGCCGAGAAAGUGCACAACAUACAGCAUCAGCAAGGCUGCUUUGAAUAUGCUCACUGUACACCAAGGCGAGGAGUUGCGAGAGAAGCUUCCUGGUGCGGUUGUCAUCUCUAUGGAUCCGGGCUGGGUUAAGACCCGCAUGGGUGGGGAAGGUGCUAUGAUCGAGGCGCAUGAGAGUAUUGGCGGCAUGCUCAAGGUGUUGCAUGGGCUUAAGAAGGAUGAUACUGCUUCGUUCUGGACAUACACUGGAGAGCAGGUGCCGUGGUAA